AUGGCGAAGGAACCAAAUAUUUCCCAUCUAAAAGUUUUUGGAUGUGCUGUAUAUGUUCCAAUUGCUCCACCACAUCGUUCUAAGAUGGGUCCUCAAAGGAGGGGAGAGAAUAAACAGCUGGAGAAGGAAAUCAGUUGGAAUGAAUUAUCAUUAUCUCAUCUUGAUCCUCGUAAUAAACAAUGUGAAUUAGAAGUCCAAAAGAUAAUUCAUUUACAAAGCUUAGCAAAUCGAUUGCCAGACGCAUUUACUGACCCAAAUAGAGUAACCAAGUCGCAUAUACCAGCUGUGAAUGCUCCAAUCAAAAUUGAUGUCCCAGAAGGAAAACAUCAAACUGCUAGUGAGUCUACAGCACGCCUGAAGCGUGGUAGACCUAUUGGUUCCAAAGAUAAGAAUCCUCGGAAAAGAAAAGGAGCAGGAAUUGAUAAUGGCCAGACCGAGGAAACAAAGAAUUUUGAAGGAUCUCCAGGAGAGACUUUAGACAUGGCAAAGGAAGAAAUUCAGGUACCUGACAAUGAAGAGAUCUCAACUGAUUAUGUCAUGUCUGGAAUAAAAUGGAACCGAAAUAAAUCGACGUCGAUGAAAUUUUUGCAUGCAAUGUAG